AUGGCACCCCCAACUCAGGUAAUGGAUUCAACACAUCCAAAUUCUUCAAAUGCUACUAUGAGUCAACAACAAGGAGAGGGUUCAAGAACAAAAAAAGCUGGAAGAGGAAAAACAACUGGAACAAGUGUUACAAAAAAGAAAAUGAAGAGUGCUACUGGAAAAUUGCCCCUUUGUAUUCCUCUUGACAAGAUGGUGGCGGUUGGACCAGGAGCUCCAGAUUUUGUUACUGAAAUUUCUGUGCUUGUAAAAAAAAAGGCUCCUUUUAAUGUCAAAGGGUGGAAAAAAGUUCCUGACACGGCAAAAGAUCAUAUACUAUCACAAGUUUUUGAUACUUUUGAUAUUGAUCAAACGGAGCAUAACAAAGAGGUUAUUCUUAAUACAGCAAAAAGACUCUAUGGAAGCCAUAGAGGUAAACUUCAUGAACACUUUAAAAAGUAUGAAACAAAUGAGAUGGCUUUGGAACAUAAGCCUGAUGAGAUAAGUGAGGAAGAUUGGGAGCACUUGGUAGAUAAGUUUUCAAGUCCUACCUAUAAGGAAAUGAGUGCCAGGAACAAAGCAAAUAAAUCAAAACAAGUUAUCAACCAUAGAUGUGGAAGGAAGUCAUUUCAAGCUGUUAGCUAUGAUGCGAGAGAUCCUGAAACUCAAAAGGAGCCCAAUUAUCAAGAUUUAUGGAGAAUGACUCAUACAAACAACAAUGGAGAAUGGGUAAAUGAGGCUUCUAGGGAAGUUCAUAUGAAGGUUCAAGAAACUUCCAUGAAGAUGUUAGAACAAGCAGAUGAGGAGGCUGAGAAAGAUCCAAUUAUCAAUGGUGCUUUUAAAUCAGUUUUAGGGGAACGUUCAUUUUAUUGUCGUGGUCUUGGUGCUGGAAUUCAACCAACAAAAGGAAAAUCUACUGCAGCUUUACAUGGACAAUUAGUGAGCGAGCGAGAAAAGCGUCAGGGCAUGGAAAUGAAACUGGUAGAAGUUGAGACUCAACUUCAAGAAGAGCGUAGCAAGAGAGAAGAAAUGGUUGCGCGCAUUGAAGAUAGUCAAAGGCAACUUGAAGAAAGGGAAAAACAAUUUGAAGAAAAAGUAGAAAAGCAACUUGAGGAAAGAAUGGAAAAGAAACUUGAGGAAAGGAUGACAGCCUUCUUUUUUAGAUUCCACUCGGCUGGACAAUCUUCAUGA